UUCUCCUUCUUCUUCCAUACUAAAAACAGUUUCUGCGGAAUAGGAGUUGGAGAACGAGAGAGAUUCAGUUUGAUUCUCUCUCAGCAAUCUCUUGCCAGAUCUGUACAUUUUUGUAGAGUGAUAGUUUGAACCAAAAAUGGAGUCUCACGGUGGAGGAGCCAGCCGUGUCAUGGUGUUGUGUUUCUGCAUCGCUGGAAUUUGGUCAGCUUAUAUUACUCAAGGUGUUCUUCAAGAAACUCUGUCCACUAAGCGCUUCGGCCCUGACGGGGAACGUUUUGAACAUCUUUCCUUUUUAAACCUUGCACAAAAUGUAGUUUGUUUGGUCUGGUCAUUUAUAAUGUUAAAGCUUUGGUCUGGAAGUAGUAGUGGUGGUGCUCCAUGGUGGAGUUAUUGGAGUGCCGGUAUCACAAACACAAUAGGUCCAGCUAUGGGAAUUGAAGCUCUGAAAUACAUCAGUUACCCAGCACAGGUCCUAGCAAAAUCGUCAAAAAUGAUUCCAGUGAUGUUGAUGGGCACUCUAGUCUAUGGGAUCAAAUACACGUUGCCUGAGUACGUAUGCACCUUCCUUGUUGCUGGUGGGGUAUCAGUAUUUGCGCUUGCAAAGACUAGUUCAAAGACCAUAAGCAAGCUCGCUCACCCAAAUGCCCCCCUUGGAUAUGGGCUAUGUUUUCUGAACCUGACUUUUGAUGGUUUCACAAACGCAACACAAGAUUCUAUCACAUCAAGGUACCCAAAGACGAGUGCAUGGGACAUAAUGCUGGGAAUGAAUUUAUGGGGUACCAUAUAUAAUUUGGUGUACAUGUUUGGUUUGCCGUACGGUAGUGGUUUUGAGACAUAUCAGUUCUGCCUAAAGCAUCCAGAGGCAGCAUGGGACAUUUUCCUCUUCUGUUUGUGUGGAGCUGUUGGUCAGAACUUCAUUUUCUUGACAAUCAGCCGCUUCGGCUCCUUGGCCAACACCACAAUCACAACAACCCGCAAAUUUGUAAGCAUUGUAGUGUCUUCACUGGUGACUGGCAAUCCACUGUCAGGGAAGCAAUGGGGAAGUGUUAUGAUGGUCUUCUCUGGGCUAUCGUACCAAAUAUACUUGAAGUGGAGAAAGAUGCAGAAAAAGAAAAAGACCACAGUAUGACAAGGGACAUGAGGAGACCUCCUAAAACCAGGAGAAAGCAAGAAAGUUGUUCUUCUUCACCUCAAAGUCAGCAUAUUGGUAAGGGAAAGAAAGAACAAAAACAAAGAAAACCUGUCAAAUGAGAAGUAUUCACUGGGGAAUUUCCGUUUUUUAAAGCAUAUUCAAUGAGGAAAUGAAAAAGCAGCAGAGCUCCUUCCAGCAGAAUAGCAUGUUCUAUGGAUGAUGUAUCUAAUCGAUCUUAAAAAGCUGGAAAUUACCAUCAGUUGAUGUUACGCUAAUGGUGUUGCUGACAUGUUGCUGAGUUGGCAAGUCAUCAACCCCAUGAGACUUUGGAAAUAUUACUGCAAAGGGUGGUCUCAGCUGUUGAGCUUCUGUCGUCCCACACAACCUAAGUAAUCUUCCUUCAUGGUCGCAAUUUUCGGUUACAUCAGAAAUGUUGGUCCUGCAUUAGAACACAUUAUAAGUGACAUUUAUGAAAUAUCAUAGCUAGUUGCUUCCUGCCUUGAAAUAUUACCUCAUCUUCUUCAGAGGUGCAAUAGAUUCAGAUGUUCCCUCUGUAACAAGCCCAUUUUGAAAUAAAACCCUCUUAUUAUU